GUUGAUUCGGCCCUCAUGGUCCUGACAUCAAUCAAACUGAACUGAACCAAAAAAAAAAUCUUGAGGGAGAGAGAGAGAGAGAGAGACAGACCAGCUGGAGUCUCACAGCCCAGACUGAGGACCAGGAGAAAGUUUGGAAAAGUUUCUCAGAUCAGGGUGUGAGAUGUGGGACCCACGUGUGACACUAACGCUCCUGGGGAUAUGGGUGCUGACGGUGUGUGGUCAGCAGAUGACGCAGAUGCCCCCUCACGGGGAGAAGGUGGCGGUCCGAAUGUCGGGCUAUCCUCGCAAGCACAACGAGGGCCGAGUGGAGGUCCUCUAUGAGGGAGAGUGGGGGACCAUCUGUGACGACGACUUCAAGCUGGAGAAUGCCAUGGUUCUGUGCAGGAUGAUGGGUUUCACGACAGCCACAGGGUGGACCCACAGCGCCAAGUAUGGCAAAGGGACAGGGAGGGUGUGGCUGGAUAACUUGGAAUGUCUGGGGACAGAGAAGGAUAUCUCCGAGUGCAAGUCCCUAGGCUGGGGUCAAACCGACUGCACCCACGAGGAGGAUGCCGGAGUCAUCUGCAAGGAUGAGAGGAUCCCUGGAUAUAUAGACUCGAACGUCAUUUCGCUGCAGUAUUGUGUUCAAUUCCGAGCACCUCACUUUGGGAAGGAUGUCAAGGCCUUGGAGAGGACACUAGAAGAGAUUUAA